CAACGACAUCGAUAUCAGCAACAUGGCCGCGCCCAGUUUGUUUGGAUUGCAGUUAGAUUCAUACAAAAGUGACCAUUAAACCAUACGACUAAAUAGUCGUAAAAUACGUUGGAGUUGGCCCAGCCGGAACACUAUUUCGUGCCCUACGUCAUCGGCAGAACAUGAGGUCUAGCGAAUCAGCUGAUGACGAAGGUCCGCCGGAGCUGUCCGACUACGCGAAAGCCGCGCUGGAAGAGUUCUUGCGCGAGAGAGAAGAGCAAGAAAAGGGAACUGCACCACAGGAGGACUGGCAAUUAAGCCAGUUCUGGUACAGUGACGAGACAGCAGCAGCUUUGGCCAAGGAAGCAUUGCGUGCAGCAGGGCCUGAAGGAGCGAUUGCUUGUAUCUCAUGCCCAACUCUGUAUGCUAAGCUUCGAGAGCUGGGCUGCAAGAACACACUCAAGCUCCUAGAGUUCGACCGGAGGUUUGAAUGUCAUGGGGAAGACUUUGUGCACUACGACUACAACGUCCCGCUCGACAUACCUCAGGACUGGCAGGGAAAGUUCACAGUGGUGGUGCUCGAUCCCCCCUUCCUCUCGGAGGAGUGUUUGUCAAAAACUGCAGAAACGGUACAAUUCCUGCGGCCCACGUUUAUAAUCCUGUGCACAGGUGCAGUGAUGGAGCCUUAUGCAGAACAGCUCCUCGGCCUUCGACCAUGCAAUUUUGAGCCAACACACACGCGGAAGCUUGGCAAUGAGUUUAAAUGCUUUGCCAACUACAACUUGGAUGAAUUUUGUUGCUGAGUUGUUGUCGAAUGAAAGUGUUUUUCUAGUCCUAACAAUCCCCGGUAGUUUUUACAACUAAUCAAAGUGUUUUCCUAGUCCUAACCAUCCCUGGUAGUUUUUGACUAAUCAAAGUAUUUUAAUAGUCCUUACAAUUCCAGUAUUCUUUAUCAGAGGAAACUUAUAUACAUGCAUGCAAUAAAACAAAUACAACAAAA